CAUUCUAGCAGUUCAUUCUCUGAAGGACUCCGGAUGAUUCACCGGGUUUCUCUGCGAUACUUGUUUUUUUUAAGACUUUGCUUUGCUGGGAUGCGAAGCGAGACACGACAGAUAGAGAGAGAGAGUCGUUUAACAUUGGGACGAAAAUGUCCUGCUAUUAAACUCGUACGAGAGGUUUAAAAUCAGUGAACUGCUGUGUUUUCGAGAUGAAAUGCUUAGAAUGUGGUUCCGAAGUAAAAGAGUCUUUCAAAUUCUGCCCUGAGUGUGGGUUCAGACUGACUGUCGAGUCUGGAAAUGGAAAAUCCCAGGGAAUACCAAGCCAUCAGGGGAAAGAAGGAGAAAAUCAGUCACAUGAUCCACCCACCACUAAAGGUGUGUCUUCAGAACUGUCCACACAGCUGCCAGAAGACAAUGUUAAGAAAAAGGUAAUUUCUGGCUCAAAUGAAAAAAAUCUAAAGAAAGAUUGCAGUGGUGGAACAACUGAAAGUAAAAGAUCUGAUGUGGGUACAGAUAAACCACAAGAUGGCGCCAGUUCAUCUCCUACAGCUGCAAAUAAAGACACACCUCCUAAACUCCUUGAUACAUCUUCUCAAAGCACAAAGUCUUCACUUUUAGAUGUCCAGAUGUCCAGAGGUCUGGAGAGUGAGUACUGUGGUCAGUCAUCUAAAAUGACACCAGGCUCAAAGUCUUCUACAUCUGAAGCUUUAAUUCAGACCCCAGAAGAAGCAGGCUCUGUCAGACACCCUGCCUGUAAGGAGCAUAUGGAGAAGGACAUGAAGAGUGGCUCUGUACAACCUGAAUGCUGUGGGCCAACUGACAAUGAAAGCUUUGCUGUGGGAGUAGAUGUACCACAAGAUGGCACCAGUUUAUCUUCUACAGCUGCAAAUAAAGACACCGCUCCUGAGAUGCUUGAUACAGCUUCUCAAAGCACAAAGUCUUCGCUUUUAACUCAUGGGCCCAGCGGAGAUAUUUCUUUACCCCAGUCUCAACACUCCAGUGCCUCAGCAGAGCUGCCAAGCAGCCAAAUCCUUUCAGGGAAUGAGUCUGAGGACCUGUUGUCCAGAGGUUUGAAGAGUGAGUACUCUGGUCAGUCAUUUAAAAUGACACCAGGCUCAAAGUCUUCUACAUCUGAAGCUUUAAUUCAGACCCCUGAAGAAGCAGGCUCUGUCAAACACCCUGCCUGUAAGGAGCAUAAGGAGAAGGACAUGAAGAGUGGCUCUGUACAACCUGAAUGUGCUGUGACAACUAACAAUGAAAGCUUUGUUGUGUGUGUAGAUGUACCACAAGAUGGCUCCAGUUUAUCUUCUACAGCUACAAAUGAAGAAUCUACUCCUAAAUGUCUUAAUACUACUUCUCAAAGCACACAGUCAUCAGCUCCUACACAUGAGUGUUCAUUCCAGUCUCAACAGCCUAGUGUCUCAACAAAGUUGCCAAGCAGCCAAAUCAUUCCAGGGACUGAUUCUAAGAACUUGGAGAGUCACAGUCAGUCUGGUCAGUCAUUUAAAAAGACCCCAGGCCAGACCCCCGCAGAAACAGGCCCAGUUAAAUGCCCACCCGCCAAGGAGUCUGUUGCAGCAAAUUUAACAUCUACUAGUCCAAACGAUGAUUUUAAGUCUGCACAAGUUACAGCAAUAGUGGACCAAAAUAGAGUCAUGUCAAUUCCUGGUGCAACCAAAGCACAGGAAGAGGCAGUUACCAGUAAGAUACAGACUUCCAAAACUGUCACCAUGCCUGAACUACAGAGGAGCACUCAGAAAGUACCUGACCAUAAAGAAAUGUCUCAUCAAGACCCCAUAAAUGCAGAGACUGAAAAGCAGAAUCAGAAACCUCCAGUCCCACAACAAAAAGAACCACUGCAGGAUACCAAUAGAAAGAGUGAGAAACAAAGCAAUUCCGCUUCUGAGAAAAUGUUUGGACCAUACCUUGCUAAGGAAAGACCUGCAAAUCCACAAACUGAUAAUGUUGAGGACAAACAGCAAAAGAACAGCCAAAAGAAGAAGAUGGAACACAAAGAGGGAAAUGCCCAUAAACAAAAAAUCAAUGAACAAGCCUCAAGCACAGAGAAGCAUGUAAAAAGUGCCUCUUCAGACUCAGAUAACAAAGCGAGUAUUCAGGAAGAGUCGUCAAAGGAGAAAAAGGACCGGCAGAACCAGACAUCAAUUCCUCAACAGGGACCCAAAUGCGUCACUGUUUUCUUCCAUGCCAUUUUAUCUAAAGACUUUAAACUGGAUCCAGCACAAGACUUUGUGACCAUCAGAUCUGGAAGUUUGGAGAACUGGAAUCAUGAUAUUGUGAGAAUGGAAGUCACAGGACAUAUCGAACAUCAUGGAUUUGUUGUCCAUGGAAAACUAGGGAUUCCAAAAUCAUAUGUUGGAAGGUCUAUUGCUUAUAAAUAUGUUGUUCACAAGCCGGGGAAAAACUCAUUAGAAUAUGAACACAUCUACAAAGAAUAUGCAAGUUCCUUUGUUAACCAUUGCCUUUUCAUUCGAGAGGAUCUUUUAACACAACAAGAUGAAUGGCACCAAUAUGAUGACAUCAUUUGUGCAAAGCCUUCAGAGGGUAUAAAAGAAAGGCUUAAAAACUGGUUUGUGAACAUGAAGCCUGAUUUAGUGAAUGGUAGAAACAUAGCAGGAAAAGUGAUGCUGGAAACAAUCUUUGAGAUCCUCCGUGAGUGGAGUAAUGUAAAUGUAAGGAACUUCUUCGCUCAGCUCAAACAGUUCUUUACAACUUACUCAAAUCCCUGGGUUUAUGAAGAUACAGCAAGACCAUGGAGCUCUUUGCAUUAUGGAGAACAUGAGGUGAAAAAACUCAUCAGAGGUUUCAUACAAGAGAAGAUUUCUCUGUUUCAAACAGACAACGUCUUUACUUCAGAAUCCUUGAGAGCAGGAGUUGUUUUGCUGUUGAUUUGCAAUAAAUAUGAAUUACAGUUGGAUCAAGAGUGGAUUCAUAAAGUUGGCUGGCUGCUUCGUCUUCCAGAUUUGUCAAAGGAAGAAUUUUGUAAAUGCUGGAUAGAGUUUUUACAGCCUUUACAAGGAGAAAAUGUUGCACAUGCAGUCAGAACAUUUUGCAAGACUGCAAUUGACAAAAAAGCAGUCAGCUGGAUUGUUAUCCUUCCCCUGUUGCAUUUACUGGAGAAAGAAAGCAAACCAUUUGAGUCUAAUCAACUCUCCACUGAACAAAGUUUGGCUGUUUGGGCAGGACUUAAAGGGUUUAAGAUGCAUGAAGACCAUCUUACAGACUCCCAACACACAAGGGCACUUAUGAAAGUCAUGAAGGCCCACAAAUACUUACUUGACAUAGAUCAACUGCUUGCCCGCUCAUGGGUGUGUGCAUUGGGUCUGAAUGAUAUAGGUGAAUGUACAACUAUGAUCCCUGUGGAUUUCUUAGAUGUCCUCACCAUGCUUAGCUUCAGACUUGACUCCAAAGGGUCAUAUUUGGACCAUAACGUGUGGAGCAAGCUGAUUGAACUGCCUUUUGCCAACACGGAAUUCAGUGGUAACUGGAGAAAAACAUUCCUAAGCCAGUUUGAGGGAAAACUAAAACAGGAAAAACCAAUACAUCAGAUUGAAAUUUACUGCAACAAGAUACAGGAUGUGACUGAAAAGUAUCCAGUAUUAUCCUCCUGUCUAGAAAACUGUGCUUUAGCUGCUGUCAGUCCUCUUUGUCAGGGUGACUCUGAGGGUGCUUUAUUUGAAAAGCUCAGGAAGCAUGACUUGAGCAAAUUUGGCAAGUUGAUAUCUGCAAUUGUACUCAAGGCAUGGCCAAAACAUGCAAAUGAAGAGUAUCAAGAUGGAGAGGAGCUGGUAAUGAAACAUCUCCUGACAUGGAGUACUGCAAAAAAAAUCUUCCAGCUGCAAGGUCCAACUGGGAAACUAAUUGAUCAACUUUCAGAUGCAGCCAGGGAGCGGAUGGCUGUGGCCAGUUCUGCGUUCAGCUUUGUUGCAGAAAGCUUCAUCCAAGGAAACAUUACAAUAAAGAUCAUGAAUCUGAUCCUUCAGAGAGAGGACUCAUUUGCUGAGCUUCUGAAGAUUGAUGGUUUGUGUGAAGAUGGCCGCUGCAAAGAUAACAGAGCUGUGAAAACUCUACUAAGAAAAAGGAGAGAGGAAGUUGACAACAUCUACCAUGAAAGAGAGAUGGUUGAAUGCCUACUGCAUGCAUGCCAAGAUCUUCAAAAGCAUAUUAAAGUUGAUAUUGCUGACCUGGAGAAGAAACAACAAGUUAUUGUGGAAGAGAUGUAUCUUGAUGAUUUCAUGGAGGUUCAUCAGCUGGAUGGUGUUUCCUCAGAAGUGACAGGAAUGGUCACAUACUAUAACCUCUGUGAGAACACAAGACCGAUGGCAAGAAGUCUCCAAGAUUUGAAGGACAGCUACAUUUUUACUACAUAUUGGCAGACCCAAGCCAAGAAACUCUCACAUGUUGAGCAAGAUGAUGAUGAAACUGAGCCACAGUUCGUAACAGAUGCUGAGCCGUACUCCCUGGAGCUUAUUAACACUGAAAUAUUUGAGCCUUGCUACAGUCAAUAUGAAAGCCUGUACACAAGCUUAAAAAAUGGAACUAUCACAUUCCAGGUGAUCGACAGUGUCUUUGAUGACUUCAGGGGCAAAUAUGACAAAUUAAUACAAGAUCUUGAGACCAUGUGCAAAAUAAAUCCUAGGGAUAAUAAACGCUGGAUUCCAGGAAGAAUCAAGCAAAUCCAGCAGUACCAAGACCUGCACUUGGCAGUAGAAGCAGCUGAAGUAAUUGCAGGUGUCAAGGAAGUUCUGUGCCCUGAGGGAAAUUUCCAAAUCCUGGACAGUCUACUUGAAUUUAGUACGGCUGACAUCAAAGAAGAAAGCUUAGAUCGUAUCGAUGAAAACUUGAUAAGUGCCAAAGAAGUCCUUGUCGACAUAACAAAGGCUCGCCGACUGUGUCUUCAAGAGCUCAGCCUUAGAAGAAAUUUUGUUCACUGGGUCAAACAGGCACUGAUAGAUAUCAGUCAGCUUAAAGUGUUUGUUGACCUUGCCACGAUCUCUGCCGGAGAGAAUGCCAUGGAUGUCGAUCGUGUGGCCUGCUUCCACGAUGCUGUACUGGGCUACUCCUCCAUGCUGUAUGGACUAAAUGCCAAUUCUGACUUUGAUGCAUUUAGGAGAGCCAUGCAAAAACUAUGGCAGGUGCUGGAAAGUGACAAAGACAUCACAAAAAAGCUGAGAGAUACUGCCAGACACCUGGAUUGGUUAAAGACAGUGAAAGAGAGUCAUGGUUCAGUGGAACUCUCCUCCCUGUCCCUUGCCACAGCCAUAAAUGCAAGAGGAGUUUACACCAUCAGUGCACCAAAUCAGAAAAAGAUCAGUAUGGAAACUGCACUGAGACUGGACGUUCCUGAAGAACAUGAGGAUAGGCAGGAGAUUCGCUGUUAUUCUUUGGAAGAUGUGAGGGAUCUGCAAAACAAGCUAAUGCUUAUGUCUGGGAAGGCUGAGCAAAGUGAUGAGGUGGAACACUUUACUGAGGUUUUUGACCAGGUUCAGAGACUUGCAGGGAUCUUCCUUGAUCUUCUUUUUGCUGGAAACCCAUUGUUCAGGCAGUGGGAAGCAAAAAUCACCUGCUCUGACAAUUCUGAUAGCCCUGCAAUCAGUAUGGACUUCAAUUUAAGCAGCAUUGAGGAAAAUAUUUCAGUAGAAGGUACUGCAGUGGAACAACUCCCAGAGCUCUGCAGGAAAAUGGAUAGGUACCUGAGUGACUGGAAAAAGUUCAUGGACAAACAGAGAUCUGAUAACUACUUCCUAAACUACUACACUGCUGAACAAAUUGUCUAUCUUUGUGAACAACUCUCUUUAAAAAAUUGCAAUGAAGACUUGGAGGAUCGUGCAUUAACAAUGCUUUCCUUCAUUAACCCCAAAUCUGCAACAUCUAGUGUGUGGAAAACAUUGAACCUCAUACAUGCAGACUUAAUUGAGGAGAAUGUAAGUAAUGGGAAUUCCUUCAUGUCCAAGGACAGUGCCGAAAAUGAAGAAGCUGGUUUAAGGACAUUGGAUAUUAUUUGGGAGAAUUACUUCACAGACAUGAAAACUUUCCUCCCAGAUACACUGGACACCCCAAGUUUUGGAAAAUUCCUUGAUCGAUUGGCCAAUUUUGUGAGUGACGAUUAUGAGAAUGAAGACCAAGAAGAAUUCAUGCCAUUAGACCCCAGUGAAAGACCUGUCACACGAGAGCUGCCAAAGGGGCUGGUGCAGGGCCAACCCAACCUCAUUGUCUGUCCAAGUGAAGAAGUUCUAGCCUCCUGCAUUAGUGUCUACUCAUUUAGUGAAUAUGAGCCACUACCAACAUAUGAUGAAGUGCUGCUGUGUAGUGCAGAUACUACCUAUGAGCAUGUGGAACUUUUUCUCAGGCGUUGUCUCUCCAGUGGAUAUAUGGGAAAGAAGAUCUACUCCCUGUUGUAUGCAGACCUCUUGAGCUAUGAAGUCAGUUAUGCUGUGGAGCAAUUGUUUCACAAACUUCACUCUUUGUCCAAGAAGGAUUAUAAACUUGUGAUAAUCUGCAGUUUGGAUCGUGAGCAUGCCUACAUGCCUUCAGCAUUUAGCCAGUUCAAACUGCACAUGGUUCCACGUGAACCCCUAAAAAGAAUUCAGGCUUAUUUGUCUAGACACUAUACAGUGUCAUCAGAACAGGCUAGCGCUGCUUCUGUAUUCAAGGACAAGCAGUCUGUUGGAAUUGUGUCAUCAAAACGAGCAGGAGUGGGUAAAUCCCUGUAUAUUCAAAGGCUUUAUGAACAACUGCAAGCAUCUGAAAGGCCUAGGUCUUCAAAUCUCAAAUGCAUUCGCUUACUUGAGUCCACUGUGAAAGAAAAUGUAAUCCUACAGUCGUUGCUUGACACCCCAAACCAGAAUGGACUUGUGAUCUUUCAUUUUGAUGUUACAACAAUGGUCCAAAGGGGAUUACAUGAAUUUUUAUUCAAGUUGUUAGUUCUUGGUUAUCUAAUGGAUGCUAAAGGACGAAUGUGGAAACGUAGCAGCCAGCACUUAUAUGUCAUUGAGAUGCUUCAGAAUGCCUCUGAAUUGCCAAGAUUUCCAAAAGUGGAUUCAAAGGUACCUUUCACCUUCACUGAGAUCUUUCCAAAAGUGCAGUGCAGGCCUCCUAAAGAAGUUUUGGAACUGGAAAUAAAAGUUGAAGAUGACCCUAACUUUAACAUUGAUGACCCACUUAUGGAUGAUGAGUGUUUCAGAAGUGAAGCUUAUCAAAGGCCGUAUCAAUAUUUGAAACGUUUCCAUGAGAACACUGAUCUUGACAAUUUCACCUUCAGUGGUGUUGAAGGCUCCCAUAAAGAAUGCCUUCAGAUGUUAUUCAUCUACUGUGGCAUUGUGGAUCCAUCAUGGGCAGAGUUGAGGAAUUUUGCAUGGUUUCUUAAUCUUCAAUUGCAAGACUGUGAAACAUCUGUUUUUUGCGACAUGGCCUUUGUUGGAGACACUUUGAGAGGAUUCAGGAGAUUUGUGGUUGACUUCAUGGUUUUAAUGGCCAAGGACUUUGCCACACCAUCUCUGAACAUAUCAGAUCAAAGUCCUGGAAGGCAGAAGGUUGACCUAAUGGGUGCUAACGAAGAAGAUCUAGCCCCAUUCCGCCUUCGAAAGAGUUGGGAAUCAGAACCGCAUCCCUAUAUAUUUUUUAAUGAAGAUCAUCAAUCAAUGACCUUCAUUGGUUUCCACCUCAGAGAAAAUGCUCAGAAAGGAGUUGAUGCAAUUGAUCCAUCAACAAACAAAGUGAUAAGGAAUAAUAUCAUGACGAAGCAACUCUAUGAUGGUCUCCGGAUUAACCGAGUCCCUUUCAACAUUAGUUUUGAUGAUCUAUCUAGAGGGGAGAAGAUUGAGCUUUUGUGCAGUGUGCUGGGUGUCAAGUGGCCAUCAGAUCCUGAUGAAACCUACCAGCUUACUCUGGAUAACAUACUGAAGAUGAUGGCAAUUCACAUGAGAUUCAGGUGUGGCAUCCCCGUCAUUAUUAUGGGGGAAACUGGCUGUGGAAAAACGAGGCUAAUCAGAUUUCUGUGUGAACUGCAAAGGACUGGGACCCCAACUGAGAAUAUGAAAUUGGUAAAAGUCCAUGGUGGCACAACCCCAGAUAAUAUCUAUGCUAUGGUACAAGAAGCGGAGUCCAUUGCAACCUCUAAUAAAAAGAACCAUGGUCUUGAUUCUGUCCUCUUCUUUGAUGAGGCUAAUACUACUGAGGCAAUCAGUUGUAUAAAGGAAGUGCUUUGUGACAACACCGUGCAGGGGCAUAAACUUGAACCCAACUCUGGACUACAGGUUAUUGCUGCUUGCAAUCCAUACAGAAAACACUCAGAAGCAAUGAUUGAACGACUGGAGGGUGCAGGAUUGGGAUAUGUUGUGAAAUCUGAUCAGACACAGGAUAGACUGGGAUCCAUUCCACUUCGUCAGCUGGUUUACAGAGUUCAUGCGUUGCCCCCAAGCAUGAUUCCGUUGGUGUGGGACUUUGGGCAGCUCAAUGACAGCACAGAAAAAAUGUAUAUUCAUCAAAUUGUUCGAAGUAUAGUACAGAACAAUUUAGUAUGUGAGAAAUACAUCAAAAUGAUGACUGAUGUCCUAUCUGAGUGUCAAGGCUACAUGAGAAAGAAAAAAGAUGAAUGUAGCUUUGUCAGUUUAAGGGAUGUAGAACGUUGCAUGCAGGUGUUUGAAUGGUUCUACUCCAAUCACAGAAUGUUUUCUGAAGCAUUAGAAGAGUUCCUUAAAAAGCAAAAGCGAUCAAAGAAUGCUGGUAAAGAGAUCAUUACAGAUGACAAGGAUCCAGCUGAAUGGGCUCUGUUGAUGGCAGUGGCAGUGUGCUACCACUCAUGCCUGGAAAAGAAAAAGGAAUUUUGGACCAAACCUUGCAAAUCCUUCCCAAAUUACAACACACCUGCAAAGGCGAUGCAAGAAAUCUAUUUAAUGCAGGAUCUUUUUCUACAUGAUGUGCAACUUGGGGGAACAAUUGCCAAAAACAAGGCUUUGAAAGAGAAUGUAUUCAUGAUGAUAGUGUGCAUUGAAUUGAGAAUUCCUCUGUUUUUAGUUGGGAAACCUGGAAGUUCCAAGUCUUUAUCAAAGACUUUAGUCGCAGAUGCAAUGCAGGGCCAGGCUGCACACUCUGAGUUGUACAAGAGGUUAAAACAGAUUCACUUAACCUCCUACCAGUGCAGUCCUCACUCAACUGCAGAAGGAAUCAUUAACACAUUUAAACAAUGUGCCCGCUUUCAAGAGGGGAAAAAUCUAAAAGAGUAUGUCUCUGUGGUAGUGCUGGAUGAGAUAGGCCUGGCAGAGGACUCUCCAAAAAUGCCCCUGAAAACCCUCCACCCGUUGUUGGAAGAAGGUUGCAUUGAUGAUGACCCACUCCCCCAUAAGAAGGUUGGGUUUAUUGGCAUCUCAAACUGGGCUUUGGACCCUGCCAAAAUGAACAGGGGAAUCUUUGUCUCUCGAGGUGACCCAGAUCAGAAUGAACUAAUUCAGACAGCUGAAGGAAUUUGUUCACUGGAACCAAUGGGUUUGAAACAUAUCAAGCAUCUUUUUCGUCCUUUGGCAGUGGCUUACUUGAAAAUUUGCAAAAAACAAGAUAAAGGAUUUUUCGGGCUACGUGAUUACUACAGCUUGAUUAAAAUGAUAUUUGCUGUUUCCAAAGCUUCCAAUCCUUCCUCAGAGGAAAUUGUUCAUGCAGUGUUGAGAAAUUUCAGUGGAUUAGACAGUGUGGACACACUGAAAAUCUUCUGUAAAAAACUGAGCAUUCGAAUUGACUCAGUUAACAUCUGUACCAUCGACCUUGUGGGACAGAACAUUAACAGAUACAUCCAGGAUGAGGACUGUCGCUACCUGCUUAUCCUGACCAAGAACUUUGCAGGCCUUCAAAUCCUUCAGCAACACUUCUUCUCCAAAAACAACCUCCCAGAGAUCAUCUUUGGCUCAAGUUUCCCCAAAGAUCAAGAGUACACACAGGUGUGCAAGAACAUCAACCGUGUGAAAAUCUGCAUGGAAACCGGCCAGACUGUCGUGCUUUUGAACCUUCAAAAUCUCUAUGAAAGUCUCUAUGAUGCACUGAACCAAUAUUAUGUUUAUCUUGGGGGUCAAAAAUAUGUUGAUCUUGGUCUUGGCACACAUCGUGUGAAAUGCAGAGUCCACGAAGACUUCCGCCUCAUUGUCAUUGAGGAGAAAGAAGUGGUGUACAAGCAAUUCCCCAUUCCACUUAUAAACAGACUAGAGAAACACUUCCUUGACAUCAACAGUGUCCUGAAUAACCGUGAGAGGGAAAUUGUAAACCUUCUGCAGGAGUGGGUCCAACAGUUUGUGUUCUCAAACAACCAGCAAAGCAGUUCACACAAAUACUUGGCAACAGACGUUUUCAUUGGUUACCAUUCAGAUACAUGUUCCUCUGUUGUACUGCAAGUGAUGGACAAACAGAAAAACAUGUUUGAGGAACCAGACAUCCAAGACAGAGUGCUGGAGGAAGCCAAGCUUGUCUUACUGAACUGUGCCACUCCAGAUUCAGUAGUCCGACUGGAAAAUUCGGGUUUGUCUGACGUAGAGGCACAGAGACUGGCAAACACAUUCUUCAAGAUUCAGAAACACCACUCUCUGGCUGAAUUCAUUGUCUCUCAUGUCCAACAAGGGCACUGGAACAAUUGCCUUUUCACAGAGGUCACAACAUUCUCAAGACUGUUGACAGCUGCUGAUGUGAGGCAACUUCAGAGCUCCACAGGGACUUACAGCAUUGAUCUUCUCUCACUGCGACAGUUUGAAACGGAGCUGUCCUUCCUCAAAAAAAUUAGGCAGUUCCUCAGCACACCUUCUGCAGACAAGAUUCUUCUGGUUCAAAUGGAUUUUGGUGAAGAUUCAAUAAGUGCAAAUAUCCUUGCAUCAGCCAGGUACUCCUCCAUGAAUGAAAUCACUCGGUCAAAACAUGUGGGUGACUGUAGAGUCUAUGUGUACUUCAUUACUAAACUACCACGAAUGGAAGGCGGCACCUCUUACAUUGGAUUUCAAGGAGGACAUUGGACGUCAGUUCACAUUGAUGACCUCAGAAGUUCUCAGGACAUUGUAUCUGAUGUCCAGAGCUUGAGAAAUAUAUCAAUUUGUGAUCUCUUUGAGGAGUUUACAGAGCAAACUGAAGAACUAGGGGUCCAGGACUCUGAGAUCGACCAGUCCGAGUCAGAAGGUUUUGCACCAGAAAGGGAGUUUGACACAACAGCACUGUUGCGUAGUUGUGUCCAGAGUGCUGUGAGCAUGCUAAGGGAUCUUACAGAUGCUGGCAGCCUUAGUACAAGAAGAGUGGACCAACUUCUUACCCUGCUUGACAACAGUGAUGAUGAAAUCAAAGCUUCAUUCAUGGAGGCCUUGAAGAAGCGCCUUCAUCAGCUGUUAAAGGCACGUGAAGACAGCACUGAUAUGCCCAAAAACUGGGUUUCCAGAGAAGCAUCAAACAUUGAAGCCCUGCAAGAGGGAGGGACCUUUAAGCAUACUCUGUGGCGUAGAGUACAAGCAGUGAUCACUCCCCUCCUGGCCCACUUGAUUUCUGUCAUCGACCGUAACUGCAAUCUGGACCUUCUGGUUGAUAGCAACUGUGAAGAUGAAGUCAAGAAUUUGUGGCUUCUCAUCUUUGGAAACAAAUCAGUGUUGGAUAUACCAUAUGUUCAGAUAGGACAGAACUCAGAGGCACAGACCAUCUUGAUCCAAAGCCAUAUGUCUGUGGGAAGCACCAUGUCCUGCACCAUGCCCUUCAGCUGGAGGAUCAAAGACCUGUUAGAUGACCUCUGGGUGUACACUUUAGAGAGAGAGGGUCAAACCAAUAAGCAAUUUGAAAACGUCUUCAAAAGGACUGCCAUAGGGAAGUAUUUUUUAAAUUUGGACGAGAAAAUGCAAAGAGAAUUCUUCCAAAGAUAUCUCCAAGAUUUCAUUGCUUUGACAAUGAAAGUUUCAAGCAUCGGUGAACAGCAAUUGCUGUGUGCUGCCCUGCAGAGUUGUGUGAAUGAAUUGUGUAGGCGGCGAAGUAGAUCACUGGAAAGUGAACUCUCCUUGCCAUUAGUCCACACUGCUUACCACGACUUCCAGAAACGUCUGCAGAAUCUGUCCAGGAUGAUGUCAAUUCUGCCUGAGGUGGUGUUUUCCCUGCAGGGAAAUCGACAUGUGAUGGAUACACCGGAGAUGAUCUUGGAUGUGUGUUGUGCGCUUGCAUGUGUGGAGCACCUAGAGCCACAUGAGUUAAAUGUGGACUUCCAGCGACAGACCUGGCUAAAACAAGUGAAGAGACUGCAGGUCCCCAUUGAACUGGUCUGCUCAGAAAAAAGCCUUAAACAAUAUGGCGAAAGAAGCCGAGAGAUGGUGAAGAGCAUUCUCACUGGCUGGAGACGUAUCUUCACCUUCUCUUUGUUUGUGGAGCACAUUCAGUUGGGCAUUGAGGCUCAAGCUGAGAGGCUGAAACCUCUGGUCAUGGAGCAUUCUCGAAACUUAUGGAAGGUGCUUGAGAAAAACUCAGACAUGAAACAGGAGAAAGCAUUUGCGGCUGUUAUUGAAAGACUCAAAUCCUGUAAGCAAGGAGCAAGUGAUCUUAUAUUCAAGUUUGGCGACCAGUCGUGUGCCAUAUGCAGGUUAGAGCCUCAAGACCCAGUGGAAUUACCAUGCAACCAUGUCUUCUGCCAGCCCUGCAUUAGAAAAUGGCUGAACCCAGGCCAGAUGUACUGCGCUUUGUGUACCCAACCAGUGCCGGAUGACUUUGAGCUUAAAGUCUCUGAGGAUGUUCGGGCCAGUCUCCACCUGAAUUCCCAGUUCAGACAACGGUGCAAUGCCUUUUUUAUAGAAGUAGUGUCUGCAGUGUGUUUCAAGGACAAUUGCCCACCAUCUAGAGGUGUCAUUCUGCACCUGUUGUCCUUCUUAAUGGUUGAGGCAAAACCACCUUCCCUGGUUAAGGCACAAAGCCAGAUACACACCAAAGCCCUGUCACCCUUCGAUGAGGGUAUGGACAGAAGUCCUGUUGUGCGAUCUGUGGUGCUUAAACUCCUGCUCAGAUACAGCUUUGAUGAUGUGAAGGUGUAUCUUGAACAGCACUUGCAGACUAUACUACAGAGCAGAAUCCUGGAUGGUGAUGAUAAAACAGAACUGUACACUUUGUAUAUCAGCUGCUUUGAGGAUGCAAUGUUUGAGAAAACGGAGUUGGGCUCUGAAGCAGAACAGAGGAGACCCCUGCAGGAGGGCAGAGACUUCCUGCAUUACUUUCUGCAUACGGGUCGGGUGGCCACAGAAGAAGUCUCCAUAGAGGCUCUGCAGCAGAUCGCAAGACUGCGCGGGUGCUUGGACAUUGCUGCCCAGCUCCUUUCCAAAACACUAGCCAGUGGGAGCUUGGAGAAACAUCAGGAGGAGUUCCUGGAUACAGUGAUGGAGCUCUGUGAGAAAAGCCAGAAUGACUGGUACAGAGUGUACCUGAUCAGGAAGCUCUGCAGCUUACAGGGAGUGGAGGUUGUUCAGAACAUGCGGAAGGAUGCUAAGUUCCAAUGGCUUUUCCCAGAGGAGAUCUUACAGCAGGAAGAGACUGGGGGCCAGAUGGAUCAAUACCUGGUGUAUAGUAAGGAAUAUAAAGCUGUACGAGAGGCAGUUGCAAAAGCUACAAUGGAGGGCACGGUGGAAAGCAUAGAUGAAGCCCUUGGGAAAUGUACAUGUACUCCAAAGAGAAAGGCCUUCUAUGUUCUUCUUGCCCUGUUCCGAGAAGUUACCCUUUCGUUUCGAGCAAAUAGUCCACUACUCCAUCCCAGACCAGAACAACAGCGAACUCUUGAAGAGUUCAUCCAUGGCUCACAGUACUUGCUCUCCAGAGAGAUGAAAUUGUUUGCCGAAGCUCUAGUGAACAACAGACUGGGUGGACUGAGUGUUCAUGAGCGCCGCUCUAACACAGAACACAUCCUGAUAGAGCUGGCCGUCCACCUGAAGGCUGUGCUGCUGUGCGGUUCUGAGCAGGUCCUGGCUCCUUUGGUUCAGCUUGGACUGUCUCCUGCCACUAUGCAGGCAGCAUUUAUACCCACUAUGCCUGAAGACAUGCUGGCUGCAGCAAAAAAAGCAAUUGGAUUCAGGUGGUACACCUGUCCCAAUGGCCACCAUUGUGUUGUUGACAAUUGCGGCAGACCCGUGCAACGUGGUAGAUGUCUAGAGUGUGGAGCUGAAGUGGGAGGACUAAAUUACAAACCUGUGCAAGGUUUCACUGAAGCACAGAUCAAUGGCGAUCGUACCCAGAGAGGCCAUAUUCUUGGAAACCCACAAAGAAGAGAUAACCCAGAGACCCUGGACACCAAAAGCUUGUCUUUAACUCCUUUUACAUUGGUCAGGAUGAUAACCCAUCUAACCAUGCUGUUCGGUGCUGCAGAAGAGGCUCAGUCUCAGUAUAUAGCACAGAUCAUCCAGCCUCCAGUGCAGGACGCCUGUGAGUUUUUAAUACGGCAUCUUGUGAAGGAUUUGGAUCAGCUGGGCAGGGCAGUAGGAAAAGGGGUGGAUGACACAGUCACUACAGUUCAUCUGAUGCUCAGUUGGACUCUAGACCCUCCUCAGAAUGUUCAGUGGCCUGCUGCCUAUGAUAAUAACCUUUCAACUAAGGAAGCCAGGAAUGCCUGGGAGCAAACUAUGGCGCAAAAUGUCAUCACCCCUAAACUAAAGAAACUGGAGAAUAAGCUGAAAAAAGUGAGCACCUGCAUGAGGGAGGAUUCUCGUGUGUCCUCUAACCCUAUCCUGAAAGUAAAGUAUGGAGACCCGCGCAUAUUCCUGUCCUCUCUGCCCCGGCAGUCUGUGCUUCACAGCUCUGCUGUGUGGAGCUGCAGAGAGAAAGGCUCCCUGCUCAGCCUCACACACAUCGUCGAGCAGAAUGACGGAAAAGACAACUUCCCUCUACUCUGGAGAUUCUUACAAAAGGAGGCAGAGUUUCGACUGGUCAAGUUCCUUCCAGAAAUACUAUCUUUGCAGAGGAAGUUGGUCAAGACCAAUCAGAAUAUGCCUGAUUUGUGCAGUGGCACAAUUAGAGAAUUCAUUGACAAACAACGUUCAGAAUCACUAAGGAGCUGGUAUGAGACGCGCAUUCACUAUUUCCUGAGUUCAUGGAAUCAGCUAAGAGCUUCCUUGGCCACUUAUGAGGUGAAUGUGCCGGGAGAUUACUGCAGUGUGGAUCUGGAUGAGAGCAGUGAGCUGCAGGUGCUGGUUCCUCGGAGACAGGGUGCAGGACUUUGUGCUACAGCCCUGCUCAGCUAUCUAGUCUCUCUGCAUAAUCAACUGGUCAGUGAAGCUGGCAAAUACACAGGAGAGGACAGCAGCUACACAGUGAGUCUGGCAGAAUUGAGUGAGCUGCAUGUGAUCCGGUACGAGGUGGAUCGAGACCUGCUCCCUCUGGUGUUGUCAAACUGCCAGUACAGCAUGGAGCGUGGCCGGGAGACGCUGUCCGAGUAUGAUCUGCCCAAGAUCCAGCAGCAACUUCUCACUCGUUUCUUACAAGGCAAACCCAAAAUAAAUCUGACCGGAAUCCCAACUCUAGUCAGCAGACAAGAGAGGAAUUAUGAAAACAUUUUCAAAGACAUAAGAGAAAAAGUGCCUCAGGAUCCCUUGACAGCUCUGAGCUCCUCUGGGCUAGCGACAGACCUGCAAUCUCUCAGUGAUGUUUGUGAGGCGCUGGCAGCCGUUGAGGUCUCUCUGGGUUUUCUGGCCAUGACUGGAGAAGAUGAACACAUGACGCUGCAGGAGUAUCUGGAGACAAGACUGCAAAUGGGCAGCCACACUGCUCUUCAUAUCCUUAAGACUCUGGGCAGAUGCUGUUUGAAGCACUGUGUGGCUGUGUGGCAACUGCUGACCUCCCUCAAGUCUGAACAUAUGCUUCGCCUUAAGAGGGAUCCAUUUUCAAGUGUCCCAAAACAGUACCAGCAAGCCCUUGGUCAGGAGGAUAAAAAGCUGCUGAUCGGCUUUCUGUCCAAGAGAAGUGUGGAUGCCUGGCUGCUCGAAAUGCACGAGUUCCUGUUGCUGAAACUGAAGAGUCAGCGAGGCUCAGAUAUAUUUAGACCUGACUGGACCCUUAAAGAGACCCUGGCUCCUUACAUGGAAAGCAAAAAUCUUGAUGUUCCUCUAGAUGUGGAGAAGACAUUUCCAGAUCAGAUACUGCUUUCCCAGCUGGUGGAGACCUGGAAGUUCAUUGUGACCUACAAAACUACAGCGAUAAAGGACCAAAGAUAAAGGCACAACUUUUUAUUUCAUUUAAGCACUGAAGCUCAGGAACAAAGUUUAAUAUGUGGUGUAAUCAGGAAAACCAUUUCACGUUGUGUGCCCUAUAAAACCAGACUCAGGGGACAAUAUUUGGCUUAGAGUUUUUUUGUAAUUUGUUUCUAUGCAUUAUUUCUGAAGUGCCUAAUUCAAAUUCAAUCUACUUUUGAUUUGAUUCUUUGUAAAUGUCUAGGAUUAUUAUCGUUUUAGUGAUUUUUGUGAAGCUAUUGCAACAGCUCCUCUGGGAAAUUUUGAAGUGCCUGCAGAAAAAUAUCCUUUCUCUAUUUGAUGCUAUUACUCUACACCACUGGAUGGAGCUGUGGGCCUUAUCACGUUUACUUGGCACUGACUAAAUAUUUUUACCUUUCUGAACGUUUUCCUGUCUGUAUACUGUGUGUUCAUAAACAAGUUACCUGUUUUGUUUUGGUUUUUUUUUAAGUUACUUUAUAUCAUUCCAGGUAAUUCAAAAUAAAACUGUUGGGUUUUUUAUUUCCGUUGAUAGAUAACAGUGCAAAUAAACACUUUUUCAGUCAG